CUUCGGAAAUGCAGCCCACCGCCACCAUGGCCACGGACGCCGCCGCCGCCACCAGCGCCGCCACAGUCGCCCUGACCACAACGUGGGACAACACCACGGGCCGGCCCACCGAGCAACCUGACCCCAUCCUGGACAACUACGUGCUGCUGGUGGUGGUGAUGUCGCUGUUUGUGGGGGGCACCCUCGUGGUGCUGUCGGGGGUGCUGCUACUCUGUAAGCGCUGCUGGGAUGUGCACAGGCGCUUCAACAGAGCCACGGAGGAGGUGGAGAAGGCCACGGGUGCCUACCUGGACAACGGCACGCACCUGGCUCCAGACUGGGCGCAGCUCGAUUCCGACUCAUCUCUGUUUCCUUAAAGCCCAGCACCCUGAGUGCCCAGGAGAUGAGCCGGAGAGCCAGGAUGCUGAGACCGAGCGCUUCCUGGCUGGAAGCACCGUGGGCCGCCGUGUGUCCUUCAAUGAGGCCGCGCUCUUCGAGCAGAGCCGCAAAGGGCAGGACAAGGGCCGCCGGUACACCCUGACCGAGGGUGAUUUCCACCACCUCAAGAACGCUCGCCUCACCCACCUGCAUUUGCCGCCCCUCAAAAUUGUCACCAUCCAUGAGUGUGACCAGGGCGAAGCCACUGCCACUCCCCAUGCCGCUGCCCCCCCCAAGGCCAACCUGGCUAUUUUCCAGCCCCCGGGGAAGGCCCUCACUGGCCGCUCCGUGGGCCCCAGCUCCGCCCUGCCAGGUGACCCGUACAACUCAGCCACGGCCCCUGGUGACUUCCAGAUCAGCCCCUCGGCAUCCAGUGACUCUGGGGAAGGCACCUCGCUGGACAUAGGUGCCAGGAGCUGCAAGCCUGGUGGGCUGGGGGCCACGACUGGGCCAGGUGACAGCAGCCCCAGCUCCAGCUCUGGGGCAGGCCCCGUCCUGCAGUUUUUCAGCCGCCUGCGCCGCCACGCCAGCCUGGACGGGGCCAGCCCCUACUUCAAGGUCAAGAAAUGGAAACUGGAACCCAGCCAGCGGGCAUCCAGUCUGGAUACGAGAGGCUCCCCAAAGCGGCACCACUUCCAACGGCAGCGGGCAGCCAGUGAGAGCACAGAUCAGGAGGGUGACGCACCCCGCGCCGACUUCAUCCAGUACAUUGCCAGCGCAGGCGACACCGUGGCCUUCCAGCGGCCGCCCCCCUUCCUGGCCAGCCCCACCAGCCCGCCCCCCACUCUUGGCAGGCUAGAGGCGAGUCCCGAGUCUUCCCCGGAGGGCGGUGGCGGUGGAGGUGGCGGCGGCGGGGGACCGGAGCAGCAGCUGGAGUCGGACAGUGAGAGGGACGCGGGGUCCGAGGCGGUGCAGUCCCUCUACCACGACAUCUGGAGCCUACGCGCCUCGCUGGAGCUGCACGCAGCCGCCGCCUCGGACCAGAGCAGCAGCGGCAACGACCGCGACUCGGUGCGCAGCGGUGACAGCGCGGGCUCCGGCUCGGGCUCGGGCUCCGGAGGUACCGCGCCCGCCUUCCCGCCGCCGCCCUCGCCGCCACCCACCCCGCGGACAGCGCUGGACAGCGAGCCGGGUGGGCCGCGCAAGCUGCUGCAGAUGGACAGCGGCUACGCCAGCAUCGAGGGCCGCGGCGCCGGCGACGACGGGCUGCCCGGUCCGACCGAGAAGUUCUUCUCCUUCCCCAGCAGCGCCGACCGCCUGGGCACCAGCUUGGAAGUGGCGCCGCCCGACGCCCCCGCCCGGCCCCGCAGCCCGUGCGCCUGGCCCCGCCGCCCCCGCCGCGACUACAGCAUCGAUGAGAAGACGGACGCGCUGUUCCACGAGUUUCUGCGCCACGACCCGCACUUCGACGACACCCCGCAGGCGCGCCACCGCACCCGGCCGCACGCGCACCCGCACGCCCGCAAGCAGUGGCAGCGUGGCCGGCAGCACAGUGACCCCGGCGCGCGCGCCGCCAACGCCCCUGGCCCGCUCCCGCUGCCUCCGGGCGGCGUUGCCCCGCGCCCUGCACGCGCGCCCCUCCGCCGAGGCGACAGCGUCGACUGCCCCCCGGACGGCCGCGGGACCGACGACCCAACAGGCCCCGUCGGCCCCGCCAUCCCGGUCAUCGAGGAGGAGCCCGGCGGGGGCGGCGGCGGCGGCGGCGGCGGCUGCCCAGGCUCAGGUCUGUGCGCCGGGCCACCCCCGGGGGAGCCGCUGGACAAACUGGUGGCGCGCUUCGACAACGGACUGUUCCCACCGCGCCUUGGCCCGCCUGUCGCUGCGCCGCCCCUCCUGGCGACGGCUGCGCCCACGUCUCCGGACCACAGCCCGGCCUAGGCCCAACCCCACGCCAGCUCCCCGUCGACUCGCUCCGGCUGUGCCGCGCGGGACGUCCCCACGGCGGGACUGGGGGAGUCGUGGACGCGCGCACGGCCCCCACGGCUUCCAAGACCCGGCUCCACCGGACUGGACUGGACUGGACGGCGCGGGGGUGGGGAGGGAGCAGCAGUCUGUCCC